CUCUUUCGUCUUUGAGUCGGGCUGCGGUGAAUCAAAAUUAUAUAAAACUCCCUCUCAAAACUCCGCCCCGUCGAAAAAUACCUGAGCCGCGUUUCAGGGUGAGCAGCAAGUAAAAUGUAACCACCUGAGCCAGUCUGGCCUCUCGCGCACCGACAUGUACAAACUGAUCGCUCUGCUGGCCGGCGCCCUUUUCUGGGCUCAGGUCGACGCGUUCAAUUUUCUCGUCCUGCACCCUUUGCACAGUGGUAGCCACGAGGUGCAACUGCGCUACCUGAGCGGCGCCCUGGCCGCCAGGGGCCACCAGAUCACGUACCUCAAGUUCAAAAAUUUCGUGCAGCUUCCACCGCCGCAACACGACAACAUCACUUUCAUUACCCUGGCGGUCGACAACUCGUUAGGAGAUGUUCCUUUCAUCACGCCGGAAAAAGAAGGAAGAUUCAUGCUGCCGUUGGACGUGAUGUGGAGGAACGGUCUUAGUCCGUGGGGCGUGCCGCUGGACGCUUUCUGGACAAUGCCGCCGUACUGCGACACGCUGCUGAGCGACAAGGGUCUCCGGCGGCGCCUUCGUCGGAGCCACUUUGACGUCGCCCUCGUCGACCUCUUCACGAACGAGUGCGGCCUGGCGCUGGCCCACAGCCUGGGCCUACCGUCGGUGGCCUACUGGGCGCUGCCCAUGAACGGCGGCGAGGCCACUUUCAGCUCGGGCAUUUCCAACCCGUCCGGCGCCGUGCCCAGCUUCAUGACCAGCUUCACCGACCGCAUGAACUUCGUCCGGCGAGGCGUCAACCUGUUCUACGCGACCAUGAACUAUUUGGUGAUGCAGUUCCAGUUUUUCUUGACGGACAGGUCCAUUCAAAAACACCUGCCGGGCGCGCCCAGCUCUCAGCAGCUCAUUGCCAAUUUGUCCGGACUUUUGGAGAACACGGACUUCAGCGUCGACUACCCCCGAGAAUAUCCGCCCAACGUGAUCAACGUGGGAUGCAUGCAGUGCAGAGAGAUACAGCCACUUCCCAUGGAUUUGGAGAAAUUCAUGAGUGAAUCUGGAGAGGCCGGCGUGAUUCUGUUCUCGAUGGGCGCAACGUUCGACGCAUCCAUCGCACCGCCGGAGCUGCUGCAAAAAAUGCUGACGGCGUUCUCAAGGCUGCGCCAACGAGUAAUCAUGAAAAUUUCGGGAGCCUUGCCGAAAAAACUCGCGAUACCCGUCAACGUCAGGAUAGAGCGCUGGCUUCCUCAACAAGACGUGCUAGGCCACCCGAAGACGCGAGUGUUUUUCACGCACUGCGGUUUGCACGGUGCGAUGGAGACGAUUUGGCACGGGGUGCCCGCGGUCACCCUGCCCGUCUACGGUGACCAGGCGGACGUGUCCAACCUGCUGGUCGAGCGAGGAGUGGCUGUCAGGGUGUACAAGGAGUCGAGUGCUGAGCAAAUUUUGGCGGCGCUCAAAAUGGUUCUCGAAAACCCGAGUUUUUCCCGGCGAGCGGCCGAGUUGCAGCGGCUGAUGCGCGACCAGGUGAGCAGCCCUCUGGACAGGGCGAUCUGGUUUGUGGAGCACGUGGCGCGCACCAAGGGCGCCGAGCACCUCAAGUUGGCGUCGCGCACCCUCAGCAGCGUGCAGACGCACAACGUGGACGUCGUCGUGGCCGCCGUUUUGCUGCUCGCGGCUCUGCUCCGCUGGCGCAACGCAAUCGUCCGCCUUCUCGGCCAAGGCGUGCGUGCGUGCGGACGACGCGCCCUUUCCUCGCGCGUUCUCGUUGACAAAAAGUCGCGGUAAUUACACGCCUCGGUGCAGCGCGACUGUCUUUUGUAUAUAUUUUGUGUACAUAACUUUUUUUGCCAGCAAAGGUUAACCUUGCCUAUAUGUGAAUAAAUAAUAUAUCAUUAAAUUCCUGUUUUUGUGGAAUUUCUCAAGUGUGUGUGAUUUUAAAUUUUACUUUUAACUUCAUUCAUUUUCAUUCAACAGUGUAGUGCCGGAAAUGAAAAGUUGCAACAAGCGUGUGAAAAUUCAUUACAACUUGUUCGUUCAGGUAGACAAGUCCAUUGUUUUGAAUAAAAACAAUAAAAUAGCAACCGAGGAACCCAAUUCUAUUUAAUAUAGUAAA